CAGCGACAGGGGAUUGGAGAGCCCAGCGUGUACCACGCCGUGGUGGUCAUUUUCCUGGAGUUCUUUGCCUGGGGGCUGCUGACCACGCCGAUGCUAACGGUGUUACACCAGACUUUUCCUCAGCAUACGUUCUUGAUGAAUGGCCUGAUUCAUGGAGUCAAGGGUCUGCUUUCUUUUCUAAGUGCCCCACUGAUUGGUGCUCUCUCUGAUGUCUGGGGCAGGAAAUCCUUCCUCCUCCUCACUGUCUUCUUCACGUGUGCGCCAAUUCCCCUUAUGAAGAUCAGUCCGUGGUGGUAUUUUGCUGUCAUUUCCAUGUCUGGAGUCUUUGCUGUCACCUUUUCUGUGAUUUUUGCCUAUGUUGCCGAUAUCACACAGGAGCAUGAACGCAGCACGGCGUAUGGCUUGGUGUCAGCCACGUUUGCUGCUAGUCUGGUCACAAGCCCCGCAAUUGGUGCAUACCUUUCCCAAGCCUACGGCGAUACCUUGGUGGUUGUGCUAGCUUCAGGUGUUGCUUUACUGGAUAUUGGUUUCAUCCUGCUAGCUGUGCCAGAGUCUCUGCCAGAAGAGAUGCGCCCGGUCUCUUGGGGAGCUCCAAUCUCUUGGGAACAAGCAGACCCAUUCGCUUCCUUGCGGAAAGUGGGUCAGGAUUCUACAGUGCUGCUCAUCUGUAUCACCGUUUUUCUCUCCUACCUUCCUGAAGCUGGCCAGUACUCCAGCUUUUUCCUGUACCUGCGACAGGUCAUUGGUUUUUCCUCGGAGACGGUGGCAGCCUUUAUUGGUGUAGUUGGAAUUCUUUCUAUACUGGCUCAGACAGUAGUGUUGGGAAUUCUCAUGCGUUCGAUAGGAAAUAAAAAUACCAUCCUGUUGGGACUGGGCUUCCAGAUCCUGCAGCUUGCCUGGUACGGCUUCGGAUCACAGCCUUGGAUGAUGUGGGCAGCAGGAGCUGUGGCUGCCAUGUCUAGCAUCACCUUCCCAGCCAUCAGUGCCAUGGUGUCCAGGAACGCGGACCCUGACCAACAGGGUGUGGUGCAGGGGAUGAUCACUGGGAUUCGGGGUCUGUGUAACGGCCUGGGGCCGGCGCUCUAUGGCUUUGUCUUCUAUCUCUUCCACGUGGAGUUGAAUGAAAUGGCUGAGGUGGAAACGCUGGGUAAGGCCUCCAAACCCAACAUGGCCAACCCUACAGAUGAGAGCAGCAUUAUCCCAGGGCCUCCGUUCCUGUUUGGGGCUUGUUCUGUCCUGCUGUCGCUCCUGGUGGCCUUGUUCAUCCCAGAGCACAACCUCGCGCUGAGAUCGGGUGGCCACAAGAAGCACAGUAACGGAGCCCAGACCCACACCCACAGCCCGCAGGCUGGAGGGUCGGACGGGAAGGAGCCCCUGCUCGAGGACAGCAGCGUAUGAGGUUGGGGGAGAAGGACCUGGCUUGCGUCUCACCUCCAGAUCAAGGAUGGACUGAGCCAGUGGGAGACUAGGCAGAGAGGGUGGGGGGAGAGGAGGAAUGAGGUGACAGACUGUACCACUAACAGCUACUGAGAAGGGACGGGGUUUCCCUUCAAGCCAAAUACAUCCAGCUGGUGCAAAAAUGGAAUUGUAUCACCUGGUGCUGGUGGAAGGGGGAGAUGCUGAACUGCUCCACGUGAAGGGAUAGUUCUUUAGAGCAAACCUGCCCUUGUACGUGAAUACUGAACUUCAUGGUGUGACCUGCCAAAUACUCAACUCGCCAGUGAAAAAUUAAGGAGCUAGCGUUGUCUUUGUUCUAAUGUGAACUGAGUUACCAGCCAGAAUAAAACAAGGCAUCUGUUACGUGCCCC